AGAAGCCAGUGUCCCCUUUUAGCGUUGGCUUUUAAAAAACGUGGCGAUCGCUUGUGAGGAUCACAGAUUAGAAACGAACGCGGCAAACCACAGGGGUGCUAUCGGGGAUGGAGGCAAAACACAAGGCAGGGACGGUGAUGCUGUGGACCCGUUCGCUUUUUUGUAAAGUCGUUCUGCUGAUCUCUGGAUUGUGCUGUUGAACCGUUACAGAUUUAAACAACUGAAAAAAAAUUAAAACCUGAUCACGGAUCAGGGAGUGAGGCGGACUGGGCUGAAUUUGACGCAGGACCAGCUUCAGUAGAGAUGAGAGCCGUGCGCGUCAAAGAAGAGACUGGGGAGUCCGUCUGUAUCGAAGAGGAGACUCCCCAACUCCAACCCGCUGAACCGGGACCUCUCCACCUCCUGGAGGAAGCCUUUGAACUGACCUGCUCCGCUGUGGCUCAAGCCAGCCCAGGGGUGAGGCAUUCCCCUGCCCGCGACAGAGAAGCAAAGCAUUCUGGGAGCGGAAUUCGAAUCCCACAUCCGUGUCCGGACUGCGGGAAGCGUUUCGUCGAGCUCGGACCGCUGAAGAGACACAGACGGACUCACGCGCGGAAGACCCCUUAUCCAUGCGCGGAGUGCGGGAAGAGGUUCAGCCAGAAGGGGGCGCUGCAGGACCACCUGAGAAUCCAUACUGGGGAGAGACCGUUCCACUGCGGGGAGUGUGGGAGGAGCUUUACCCGCGUGGACGGGCUGCGGAUCCACCAGCGGAUUCACACUGGAGAAAAGCCGUACCGCUGCGGGCAGUGUGGGAGGAGCUUUAGACAUUCCGCUGGACUCAAACAGCACAGCCAGACUCACACGCCCCGCGGUCAAGGUGAAGCGUCAGUGGAGUGCCACAGGGAUCAGUAUUAGGUCCUCUGCUAUUCCUAAUCGACAUUAAUGAUUUAGAUUCCGGUAUAGUAUGCAAACUUGUUAAAUUUGCAGACGACACAAAAAUAGGAGGAGUGGCAGACACUGUUGAAGCAGCAAAGGUCAUUCAAAAUGAUCUAGACAGCAUUCAGAACUGGGCAGACACAUGGCAAAUGACAUUUAAUAGAGAAAAGUGUAAGGUACUGCACACAGGCAAUAGAAAAAUAGGAGAAAAUAGGAGGCACUUUUUUACACAGAGAAUUGUGAUGGUCUGGAACCAACUCCCCAGUAAUGUUGUUGAAGCUGACACCCUGGGAUCCUUCAAGAAGCUGCUUGAUGAGAUUCUGGGAUAAGCUACUAACAACCAAACGAGCAAGAUGGGCCGAACGGGGCCUCCUCUCGUUUGGAAACUUUCUCAUGUUCUUAUAUAGACCUGAGAAGGACUCCAGGUGUAUCGUGGAGGAAGGAGAGGUCUACUAACCAACUCGAGGCUAAAAUAUGCCACAGAAAACAAAGUUCAGACGAGGUAUGAACUGAGGAGACAAUGGGACAGUUCAGGGCUGUUUAGUGGAGACAGUGUUUGAUCCUUGUCCUAAGCCUUGACUUUCAUAUCAACACCUGAGAAACAAAAGGUUUUAAAAACAUAAUGGAUAUAUUCACAAAUGAUGUUUGUGUUAUAGGUGAUGUGAAAACUUUUGCUGUAGAAAUGGGCAGUCCAAUCUAAAUUCUACCAGUAGCUGUGCUUCAGCAGAGGGAGGUUAUCCUCGCUUUAAUAGCUACCUUUGAAAAAAAUCGCACCAAUGAUUUGAAAAUGUUAUUUCGAUAGAUGUGUUUAAGUUUUUGUGGCUCAUAAUGUUUGUGUUAUUAUUUGAGAUCCAUGCAGGCAAUAUAAAUCUGCAUUAUAAAUAUCAUAUGGGAGAUACUGAAAUUGAAGAAGGAAUCUAUGAAAAAGAGCUAGGAGUUUACGUUGACUUAGAAAUGUCUAGACAAUGUGGGGAAGCUAUAAAAAAGGCCAAUGAGAUGCUUGGAUAUAUUGUGAGAAGUGUUGAAUUUAAAUCAAGGGAAGUCAUGUUGAAACUUUACAAUGCAUUAGUAAGACCUCACCUAGAAUAUUGUGUUCAGUUCUGGUCACCUCGUUACAAAAAGGAUAUUGCUGCUCUAGAAAGAGUGCAAAGAAGAGCGACCAGAAUUAUCCCGGGUUUAAAAGGCAUGUCGUAUGCAGACAGGCUAAAAGAAUUGAAUCUAUUCAGUCUUGAACAAAGAAGACUACGCAGUGAUCUGAUUUAAGCAUUCAAAAUCCUGAAAGGUAUAGACAAUGUUGACCCAGGGGACUUUAUCAACCUGAAAAACAAGGACCAGGGGUCACAAAUGGAGAUUAGAUAAAGGGGCAUUCAGAACAGAAAAUAGGAGGCACUUUUUCACACAGAGAAUUGUGAGGGUCUGGAACCAACUCCCCAGUAAUGUUGUUGAAGCUGACACCCUGGGAUCCUUCAAGAAGCUGCUUGAUGAGAUUCUGGGAUCAAUAAGCUACUAACAACCAAACGAGCAAGAUGGGCUGAAUGGGGCCUCCUCUCAUUUGGAAACUUUCUUAUGUUCUUAUUAAUAAACAUCGUAACCUGUCCUCUUAA